AUGUCAGUAUCCAGGUUGAAUGCAAUUGAGUUGGCGAAGCGGACGCCGAUUAGUGCUUCGUGGCAUCGAGACUACGAGGACACUAAUACGGUGUAUGUUGGUGGGCUCCCCCUAGAGGCUAACGAGCACGAUCUAUUGAUCCUCAUGUCUCAGUUUGGCGUUCCUACUGCUUGUGUUCUAGCCCGGGACCGAGAGAGUGGUGAGUCCAAGGGGUAUGCGUGGAUCACGUUUGAGGCUUGGGAGAGCUGUGUCCUGGCAGUUGACAAUUUGGAUCAGUGGGAGAUGGCGCCGGGGAGUGUGUUGCGAGUGAACCAUGCGUACUACAGGGGCUGUGUGGAGGAUGGACAAAUGGGUGUAUGGCAGCGGGCCGUUAGGGAGGAGCUGCUAGCCAAGGACUUUGUCCAAGAGGAGGAUUGA